AUGAUUCUACAAAAAGAUGCGUUUGGACAGACUCUUCAAAAUAUUUGUAAUAAAUUCCCAAAUGAGAAAUUUGUUGGAGCGUACUUCGGUACGGAACCCACGCUCAUCCCGAAGGAUCCAGAAAUCAUCAAACUAAUUGUGAAUAAAGACUUCAACUACUUCAGUGGUCGAGAUUUAUCAGAGCACAAUCACAAGGAAGCCCUUGCUUUAAACGUGUUUGCCACUUAUGGUGACAAAUGGAGAGUACUGCGCCAGAAUCUCACGCCUCUAUUCUCUUCAGCCAAGAUGAAGAAUAUGUUCCAUCUUAUAGAGAAGUGCUCACAUACACUGGAAGCGGCAUUGGAUCGGGAAACAAAAAUUUCCAAUGAAAUAGAAGUUAAGUCAUUGAAUUCAAGAUUUACUAUAGAAUGUAUCGGAGCUUGUGCCUUUGGCGUUGAUACGAGGACUUUGACAGAAGAAAAAGAUGAAAAUCCUUUUAGGAAAAUCGCGGCGUUUGCAGAACCGCCACCAAUUGCUUGUUUCUUAAGAGUAAUUCAUGCUGUCUGGCCAUCAAUCUUUUAUGGGUUAAAGUUAAAUAUAGGAGGCAAGGUUAUUGAUUUUUUCCAUAAUCUCAUUACUACUGUUAUGACUCAAAGAGGAUACAAAUCUUCUGGACGUAAUGAUUUCAUUGAUUUGGUCAUGAGUUGGAAAGAAAAUCAUCAAAUUACCGGUGAUAGUAUAAAAAAUCCAAAUACUGGUGAAGUAAAAAAAAUAACGUUAGAUGUUGAUGAUGACUUGUUAGUGGCUCAGUGUUUUGUUUUCUUUGCUGCUGGGUUUGGGACAUCAGCCACCACAUUGAGUUACACACUUUUUGAACUAGCAAAGAAUAAAAAUAUUCAAGAGAAAGUGUUACAAGAAGUGGAUGCAUAUUUAGCACGAAAUAAAAAUAAACUGAAAUAUGAGUGUAUCAUGGAAAUGCCAUAUUUAGAGGCAGUUAUUGAUGAGACUCUUCGUAUUCAUCCUAUUCUUGGCGUGAUACCACGCCAGCUGAUGGAAGACUACACUCUACCUGGUGGCGUAAAGUUAGAAAAAGGUCUUCGUGUACAUCUUCCGGCGUACUAUCUACAUCAUAAUCCUGAAUAUUUUCCUGAACCUGAGGUGUUUCGGCCUGAAAGAUUUCUUGAUGACCAGAAACAAAACAUCAUUCCUUACACAUAUAUGCCGUUUGGAGAGGGACCAAGAACUUGUAUUGAACUAUACCCAAAAAGUGGUUCGAUGCGUUCCGCUAUGGAACCAUCACUGACAGGGUUCACAAAAGCCGACGCCCGAUCGGAGUUGCAGGUCAGGCAGACAAAUAAAUUCGCUUUGGAGCAGAAAUUAUAA